AUGCACAAUGAUUUUAUUCGAACACGGAGAAUUAUUAGUCAAAUUACGUUUCAUUAGAGUAUUAAUAUAUUAAUAUUGACUGGCAGCACUGAAUUUUGGACUGAGAUGGGGUAUUUUUAGAGCGAAGUUUAAGGGAAUUCUCGAGGCGAGGAAGUGAUAUGAAGAAACUGAAAGCUUGAAACUCUAAAGAUGAAGAUUGAAUCUGUAGAUAUAGAUCUUUCUUCCAAAUCUAUUAACAUAGAUAUAAAGAAAAAGCCAAAAGAUAAAAAUGGAUGGUUACGUGCUACUUUAGAUGAUAUUUCAAAAGCAUCAACUGCAAAACAGUUAACUGUUGGAGGAUUAUCUGGAUGGUGUUCUGGUUAUUUAUUUACUAAAGUUGGAAAAGUAGCAGCAGCAGCUGUAGCUGGAAGUAUUAUAUUUUUGCAGAUUGCACAAUAUAGAGGUUAUAUCAAAGUUAAUUGGACCACAGUAAAUAAAGAUCUGAACAAAGCAAAACAGAAUUUGGAAAAAGAAGCAAAGAACAGGCUUCCUCAACUUGUUAAUGAAGGGCAAAAAUUUGUAGAAGAAAAUGUGGUUUUAGUUACGGGCUUUGCUGGUGGCUUCCUUCUUGGUUUAGCAUCUGCCUGAUAUAAUGACUUUUAAGUAGUAUAAUGAGGAAAGAAUAUAUUUUGUUUUCUGAAAAGUAGAUAAAUAUAAAUUUCAAAAAUUUUAAUAGAAUAAAUUUAUUGUAGAAGUUGAAUAAUAAACUGCAAAGUUUUCCAAAAUUUAAGUUAUAAAUUUUUGAAAUUACAUGUACUUGGAAAAAAUUUUUUAUAAAAGAAAUUUAAAAUAAUUUUUUUUUUCCUGAUAAGAGAGACGUUUUUGUAUUUAAAAUUUAUUGGAGAAUUAGGAUACAUCCUAUAAGCCAAAUAUAUUUUGAUUACCAUACAAUGGUGCAUCACAUUUUUUAUUUCAAUUUUUUUGGGAAAAAUUUUUAUAAUGUAAAAUGUAUUUCAUAUUAAAGAAAGUAUUUUAUUUUCAAUAAUUUGAUAAUUAGAAUUAAGAAUUCACUGAUAUAUCUGCACAGUAGAUAAUAAAUAUAUGUAAUGUAUGAUCAAAUGAAAAGGGGACAAGAUAUUUAGCAACCACCACAAGGGGUGGAAAAUGGUUAUUUUGUUAAUAUCUGUGUUGCUAUUGAGUUUAUGAUGAUGAUGAUAAACUUCAAGAUAAGAUUCUCUACAAAAAAUGGUUGUUACCAAAUUUUUGAUACAAGCAAUUUCUGCUCAAUCAGAUGCUGGCUGUCCACUUAGUGCAAUCUUGUCACAUCACCUGAUGAUUCAUAGAGCAAGACAAUUGUUGCCAUACUUUGUGCAGAAUGGAAGGUAAUUUGCAAUGAAUUAUGGGAAUUUUUUAAAUUGCAAUAAAACUUAGUUUUAUAUUUUUGGAAAUACAAUUGGAAUUAUGGAUGCAGCAUGCUGAUUGGCACUGGCAGACAUGCAAAAUAUAUAUUGUCCCAGUACUCUUAUCAUCAUCAGUGUGACUUUUGAGGCAAUUGAAUCGCCUUCAGUUCAAGUACUAAUUGGAGAGCCAGCAUAAAGUUGAAACUGUAAAUCACCACAUUCAUGCAGAUAUUAAAGGAGUAAAGUACAGGUACUGGUACCAGUAUCUAUACUAUUAUUAGAGGUGUGUAUUAAAAUUAGGAAUGAAAAGAAUGCUCCAUCGUUGUUCUUGAACAAAUUCAUAAGAAUAGGUCUGUUGAAAAUAAUCCAGUGGCUUUCUUCUGUCUCUUGGAUUUUGUCGUCUUUGUUGAUAAUUUCUUUCUCUGACAUUUCUUUUAUGGGUGCAAGAUUGUCUUAUAUUCAAGUAAAUACAGUAUGUAGAAAUUCAUAAAUGUAAAAAAAAGUUUUGAAUAUUUAAUGUUUUACAAAGGCUUUCUGUGAAAUAAAAAAAAUUAUAAUACAAAAAUGUAAAUACCAUAUUUACUCAAAUAUAAGACAAUCUCACAUAUAGGACGAAGUGUGACUUUAAAGAUCAAAAUAAAGAAAAUUAGAUUUAUUAAUACAACUCUAACUUUAUUUUGUUUAAUAACAAAUAAAAUAUCAAAUGCAUGUAAAUGCUCACAUUGUCUCACAAAA